CAGACCAACCAACAGUCAGGAGUAGGGUCUCAAAAACACCAACACACAUCUCAUCAUCCGUAAUUAACACCUUCGCACACGGAAAAUGUCCACAUUCGCUGGCCAUCCAUCCAUCUAUCCGGUCAGUCUCUCUCUCUCUCUCUCUCUCAGUAUGUGGUGACAGCGGGCCACCCCAGCACCUGCCGUAUCUCCUCCAGCCGCUUCCUGUUGCUGUCGUUGUCGCCCUACACAACACACACACACACACACCCAUCAGCAGCCAGUGUGUGAAUGGUUGUGCUGGUGGGGCCUGCCUGCCCGUGUGUCGGCUUACGAGUGGAGUGGUGAAUGGGAACACAAAGAUGGUGUCCCUCGACCUUGAGCUGGCCAAACACAGCUUCAGGUCGGGCUUCAUCAGAAACUCAAUGUCGUCAUAACCGCCAGGAAUGAACGAAGGCACCUACCGCACAGACACACAGAAACAUGAUAAGAGGGAGAACACAUGAGUGUCUUGCUGCUUGUGUGGCUGUUGUUUGACACACUGACUUCAGCUCUGAGGUAGAGCCGCUCAUCGUCGACUCUUUUGACGGUCGCCUCGGGCCAAAAAGUCACCGUCUGCACCAGCUUGUUCCACGCUGCAUGGCAUUGAUGCAACCACAACAUCUGCAGGCUCCGUCCGAGUGCGUAAUGCAAGGCACGGCACCUGACCUGCUCGUGGGUCGCUUUGCCUGUCCUCGAAUGAGCCCUCGUAGGACCAGGGCGGCACAUACCUCUCGGGCACACGCACUGCAGAGCUGCUCACCUGCGCACAAACCACACGACACACUCUUUCUCUCACGAGUAUGUGCUGUGCAGCAAAUAUGUGCAAUCAUCAAUCUAUCCGACGUCUCGCCUCCCUUACGCAGUUCUGCGUCGCUCGGCACUCACGCAGCCUGGACAGUACAGUACCAGCCGCCCACAAGCAGAACACGGACACGGACAACCCUCUCCGUGUGUGUGAUUGAUUGAUUGAUCGGCCGAGGUGGGCCUACGUGCUGUACCUACCUGCCGUCUUUGAGGUCGCUGUGUCUGCACGAGAUCUUUUGCCCGAAUGCCAGCGGCACCGUCUCGCACUCACGAGUCUCCUCGGCACUCAACCGAAGGCUGCGCGACACAUCGCCCUCACCACAGGCACAUUGUGCAUAGGCCGUCAAACCCGCCAUUGCAGCCAGAUGGCCUCCGAUAAGCUCUCGCCGGGACUUGUGAACGGACAUGGAACACUGAUGCCUUCUCCUCGCUGCAGAGGGAAAGGGCCUCUGCUGCUGCCGACGAGCCGCAUAAGACGGUCCUCUCUCACUCAGGUAUGCCUUGACGGCUCGGCAGAAGAGCCACAUGGCCAGCAACAGCCACGAGUGCAUAAUUGACGAGCGCCCGGUCAGCUGACGUGAGUGCAUCUUCAAUGAACCGACCUGCAGACGCAACACACACGGAAAGGCAAUGAAUGAGCGCGUCUGCUUCAAGAGAUCUACACGUGGUUCUGAUAGCAUUGCCUUUUCUGGGCUCUGCUGUGUGCUCGGCCGACCGUCUGCUGCCCGUUUCGCCG